AUGAAGACCAGGAGGACCCAGAGCCCUAAAGAAGACCAGGAGGACCCAGAGCCCCCACACAUUAAAGAGGAACUGGAGGACCAGGAGGACCCAGAGCACCCACACAUUAAAGAGGAACUGGAGGACCAGGAGGACCCAGAGCACCCACACAUUAAAGAGGAACUGGAGGACCAGGAGGACCCAGAGCCCCCACACAUUAAAGAGGAACAGGAGGAACUCGGGAUCAGUCAGGAAGGAGUGCAGCUUCAAGCGCUGGAGGAGGCUGGUGUCAAGUUUCCAUUUGCUCAGUUCUCAAAGUCCACUAAAAAAACGAAACAUUUGAAAACAGAAAGAGAUGGAGAGGAAGACGGAUCCAGAUCAGAUCCAGAUAGUCCUUUACAACCGACUGCUGAUGAGACUUCCCAAUCCUCUAAAUGUGAGACUGAUAACAGUGAUGAUUGGAAGGAGACUCAGGAACCUCUCUCUCAUUUAAACCCUUUGCAAAACAAUGAAGUCCUUGAAAGUGACGUGGACUGUAAUACUGGAAAAACAUCAAUAAGCUCCUCUGGAAGCUUUGGCCACAAGAGACACUCUGGAGUCAAAACAGGAGAGAAACUAUUCAGUUGUUCAGUUUGUGGUAAAACAUUCAGACGAGCGAACGCUCUGAAACUACACUCAACUGUCCACACUGGAGAGAAACUAUUCAGUUGUUCAGUUUGUGGUAAAACAUUCAGACUAGCGAACACUCUGAAACUACACUCAACUGUCCACUCUGGAGAAAAACUAUUCAGUUGUUCAGUUUGUGGGAAAACAUUCAGACGAGCGAACGCUCUGAAACGACACUCAACUGUCCACACUGGAGAUGAACUAUUCAGCUGUUCAGUUUGUGGUAAAACAUUCAGACAAGCGAACACUCUGAAACUACACUCAACUGUUCACACUGGAGAGAAACUAUUCAGUUGUUCAGUUUGUGGUAAGACAUUCAGAAGAGCGAAAGCUCUGAAAGAACACUCAACUGUCCACACUGGAGAGAAACUAUUCAGUUGUUCAGUUUGUGGUAAAACAUUCAGACAAGCGAACACUCUGAAACGACACUCAACUGUCCACACUGGAGAGAAACUAUUCAGUUGUUCAGUUUGUGGUAAAACAUUCAGACUAGCGAACACUCUGAAACGACACUCAACUGUCCACACUGGAGAGAAACUAUUCAGUUGUUCAGUUUGUGGUAAAACAUUCAGACUAGCGAACAGUCUGAAACUACACUCAACUGUCCACACUGGAGAGAAACUAUUCAGUUGUUCAGAUUGUGGUAAAACAUUCAGACGAGCACGCAAUCUGAAACUACACUCAACUGUCCACACUGGAGAGAAACUAUUCAGUUGUUCAGUUUGUGGUAAGACAUUCAGAAGAGCGAACGCUCUGAAAGAACACUCAACUGUCCACACUGGAGAGAAACUAUUCAGUUGUUCAGUUUGUGGUAAAACAUUCAGACUAGCGAACAAUCUGAAACUACACACAACUGUCCACAUUGGAGAGAAACUAUUCAGUUGUUCAGUUUGUGGUAAAACAUUCAGACGAGCGCACAAUCUGAAAGAACACUCAACUGUCCACACUGGAGAGAAACUAUUCAGUUGUUCAGUUUGUGGUAAAACAUUCAGACGAGCGCACAAUCUGAAACUACACUCAACUGUCCACACUGGAGAGAAACUAUUCAGUUGUUCAGAUUGUGGUAAAACAUUCAGACGAGCACACAAUCUGAAACGACACUCAACUGUCCACACUGGAGAGAAACUAUUCAGUUGUUCAGUUUGUGGUAAAACAUUCAGACUAGCGCACACUCUGAAACGACACUCAACUGUCCACACUGGAGAGAAACUCUUCAGUUGUUCAGUUUGUGGUAAAACAUUCAGACUAGUGCAGAGACUGAAACGACACUCAACUGUCCACACUGGAAAAACAAAUUAGUGGUACAUUUUUCUUUAAAAAAUUCUCUCUUCUCUGUGAUUUAAGAAAAUCACUAUUGCAUUGAUAAGAUCAUCAGAAAUAAAUGAGACAUGGUUAAAGCCCCAUUAUGUCAUUUUUCCCCUUUAGCGCCCCCUUCAGUUUUUGAGGUAUUUAACGUUUACUUCAGUGUCGUAAAUACCCAGUUACGAUAGAUGCAGCCCGGUAGAAGCAAUCCGACGACUGUUUCUAUUUUGGAUUUAUACCAACGGGCGGGAUCACUAAUACGAAGACUGCGCAGGAACACUGUGAACUGGGCCCAGCACCUACCAGACUAGGGUGAA